AUGGUUGGGCAGUUGGAUGCUCUGGAAUGGCGUUAUUUUGCCAAAGGAAACGCGAACGUAUUACUCCAAAACAAAUCUGAUUCACGUAAACUUUUACGGCUACGGCAAUACAAACCUUCUGAUUACCAGUCGACCAUCGACAUUUAUCGAUAUAUCAAUCUGAUAAUCGCCGUGAUUCUCAAAGACUUUGUAGUGCCAAUGGAAUUGUUAGAGCUUUCUCCGACAUUCAGCAACGGCAUCAGCAACCUAUUGAAAACAGAGAAUCGAAAUUGUGAUAUUGAAACCCAGGAAAAGUAUGGAAUUUUGAUGGACAAUUGCUUGUCCGGAGUUAUUCAGACGUUUAGCACCGGCAAGUUUGCCAAGCUUCAUAUAUCAAACGACAGUGUGACGUUAGAGCUCAAACCAAAGUGGCUCGAUCCAACUAUCACCACCUUGUAUUGUCGGAAUUGUGCCAAUGAAAAACAUUAUGAAAAAUCCAGUCUGCGAAAUUUCUGCUCUUCACGAUUAUUGAGUAAGGACAAGUCAGUGGUUUUGGGGACGGUGAGGGAUAUUUUUCGAAGUUUGCAAGCAAAAAUUGACACUUCCCUAUACGAGAAAAUUUUAUUCCAGUAUUUUGUGUCUGCCUCGGAGGAUCAGAAUAUUCUCCAACUAUUAUCAGUGUUUCAAAAUCAAAAUGACAACCGGAAACUCAUCAAAACUCUAGAAAGUGAAAAGGACGUGACUGAUGAUUUGUUGUUAGGAAUGGCACUUCGUGAUGUGACGAUUUUCUUUAAGUUUAUAGAACUUGAUGACAAAUCCCUGAAUCUGAAACAUGUGAGAGGCAAUGAGUUCAUAUUGGGCCAGAAUAGAUUGUUAAUCAAAGUCGUCGAUAUUGACAAUAAGUCUGCGAAGAAAUGGAAGUAUUGGAAAGACACUGAGUGUGAGUUGUUGGACAGCAAAGAAUUCGAUGAAUUGGAUUUAUCCUGGGGACCCGGAUGUGUAUUAUAG